AUGCCCUACUACCCUCCCUAUUUCAAGGUUCCAGGUGGAGAGUGCUUAACCAAUCUUCUCGGAUUUAGAGAACUUAACAGGAGGGUCAACGCUCAAGAAGACUUCGAAAAACUCACUGGUGUCCCUUUGAUCAUGCCUGGCAGGGAUAUUAGCAUCCAUAAGGGUCCAUAUCGUGACUGGAGUGCCGUGAGCAUGGACCAUUAUGGGCGUGAUCGUUGCAAUCAUGGCUACAGUGGGAUACCCAACAACCAAUAUGAUCGUGGAGUACGUGAUGCGCUACAUCGACCCUACGGCUCGAAUAGAUAUUGCGAGGAGGAACUUGAGGCCUACAAAGAAGGGCUCCGACAUGCAAAAGAAGCUAUACGGACGCUGCAGCAGGAGUUAGAUGCUACCAGAGCUAAAGUUCGGAAGAGGGAAAACACGAUUGACAACAUGCGGUCGCAGCGCCAACGCAACCACAUCAAUAACCCUGGUUAUGACGAUGACGACGAAUCAGUGGGGAGAAGUUCCAAUUUCACCUAUGACAUGAAUGGACAUCGAAUUCCAAAAAGACGGAACAACCGGCAAUAUGAACAUGCAAAUUACGGAGAUGACAACUAUCCUUGA